CGGGCCUCGAAGGAUCCAUCGUCCCCCAUGACCCCCUGCAACCGACCCCAUGAAGUCCACUUGAGCUAGAGGACGCCCAGCUGCACCCCCCCUUCCCCUCACCCUGCUGGAUUUACUUUGACGGUCAUAUUUUGGGAAACCUUCCCCCACAAUGCUCUGGGACCUCAGACUGGUGCUGCUGUUGGCCCUCGCGCCGCCGGCUGCUGGAAUUAAAGUGAACACGGAGCUGAGCUGCAGUCACACUGAUGCUGUUGUGGUUUCAGAGAGCGGCGUCCGGCUGCACCCGGGGCCGAGGCCGGAGGCCGGCGGCUCUGGACGCUUGGUGGAGCUGCUGAAGACCUCGACGCACAGCAGAGGUUCUGAGGUCGGCCGGCGUCGACCCAAGAGGUCGGUGUUUCUCCACUCGGGCGUGAGGAUCUGUCCACAGGAGACCAUCAGCGAGGUGCUGGCCAGCCACCAGGCGUACUACCAGCUCAGAGUGUGUCAGGAGGCCGUGUGGGAGGCCUUCAGGAUCUUCUUCGACAGGAUCCCCGGCACGUCCGAGUAUCAGCGAUGGGUUCACACGUGUCAGCAGGAGUCGCUCUGCAUCUCCGACCUCGCCAAGAACUUCAGCAGCACCGAGGAGCACAUCGGCAUGGUGCGCAUGAGGAUGAGUCGGCUGAGAGACAGGAGGCCGCCCUCACGAGGACCAGCGACUCCUGCACCGAAGCUCCCUGAGAUCCAAGGUGCAGAGGUUGAGACGCUCGUCUCAUCGGCUCCGCUGGUCCUCACCAGCACCAUCCCCCCCCUCAGCCCAGUGAGCACCCCCCCCAGCCCCGGCCUGGAUCACACCCCGCCCGAGGAGGAGGUGCAGGAGGUGGAGGAGGUGCAGGAGGAGGUGCAGGAGGUGGAGGAGGUGCAGGAGGUGGAAGAAGUGAAGGAGGUCGAGGAGGUGCUGGAGGUGCAGGAGGAGGUGGAGGAGCCAGAGCUUCCUAACGUGGUCCCGGAGAGUCCGGUGGAGCAGAUGGUGGAGUUCAGCAUCGACCUGGUGGAUCCGGGCUACAGAGAACUGCUGGACGACCCCGACUCACCUCAGUACAUCGACCUGGCUCAUCACCUGCAGGACCAGAUGCAGCACGUGUUCGACAAACUUCCAGGAUUCAAAGGAAUCCACGUUCUGAGAAUCAGCGAGAUGCAGGACACCGACGGGCCUGGAGGAAUCUCCGUGCACUACUCUCUCCUCUUUGAGAUCAAUUCUCCUGAAAUCAACUUGGAGAACUCAGAGACGGCGUCCGGCGAACCGGAGGCCCCCCCCGACUCCGUCCUCAGGGACCUGGUGACCACGGCGCUACGGGAGGAGGCGUCUCUGCCCAUCGACCUGGAAUCGCUCAACUUCCAACCAGAGGUGAUUCACCUUCCAGCCCUGACCUCCACCUCCUCAGUAGAAGUCGUGGAUGAGUCCAGUGAGCCGGACUCACACAACGAGUUGGAGGUCAUCACCGACGAGCCGGAGGUGGAGAAACCUCGUCUGGUGGUUCCCCUCACUCCCAUGGAGAAGGAGAACGCCCUCGUGACCCUGCUGGACCCCACGGCUGUUCCAGAGAGCAGCCCUCCUCCCCCCGCCUCAGAGGAAGUUACCCAUGAGCCUGAGGAGAUAGAUGUGAGCGAGCCUGAGCCAUCGAGUGAAGACGGGAAGGAAGAAGAACUGCUGAUCAUUACACACCAGAUUGAAACCAUUCAUCACGAUGAAACCGGCGAGCUGGUGAGAGACUUCAUCGCGACCCCGACCGACGCUGCAUCCGUCCCUCUGUCUCCAAACCGGAUCUCAGAGGAAGACCUGAAUCCUGUCGACAGCGAUGAUCCUCCCUUCACCCCGACUCCUCAGUUUCUACUGACCACAGCUCCUGCUGGAGAGGAGCUGCCUGUCACAACACUCUCCGCCCUCACAGGCCAGACGCCCACUGAGACCACGGGGACUCUCCAAGAGGUCGAGGAAGAAAACGAUCUUCCAGAAGAGGAGGAGGUUGAUCUGAAUGUCCAUGAAACUGAGGAAGAACCACAGGAAGCAUUAGGAGGUGAAGUUUACAAGGUUUUGCAGCCGACUCCUGAUGGGAAUGAGGUCUCUGAACCAGAAGAGGAGAAUUUAGAAGUUUUAGAAGAAGACGUAGAACUUUCCGAGGGAGAGUCUGUGGUGGAAACUCAAGAGGAGCCAGAAGAACCUGAGGUUCCAGGCAUGGAGGAAGAGGAACUCGAAACAGCAGCUGAAGAUUUACAACCCGAUGAGGACGUAGCUGAAGUUGCAGAAAUUAAAGUUGAUGUAGAUGAAACAUUUUCAGAAACAGAAGAGGUUCAAGUUCUCGAGGUAAAAGUACCUGAAGUUCCAGAGGAAACUGGACCUGAAUUUCCUGAAGAAAUUAUACCUAAAGCACAUGAGGAAACUAUACCUGACGUUCCAGAGGAAACUAUACCUGAAGUUCCAGAGGAAACUGGACCUGAAGUUCCUGAGGAAAUUCUACUAGAAGUUCCUGAGGAAACUAUACCUGAAGUUCCUGAGGAAAUGGUACUAGAAGUUCCUGAGGCAACUUUACCUAAAGUUCCUGAGGAAACUUUACCUGAAGUUCCAGAGGACAUCGUACUAGAAGUUCCUGAGGACAUAGAACAAGAAGUUCCUGAGGAAAUACUUCCUGAAGUUCCUGAGGAAAUACUUCCUGAAGUUCCUGAGGAAACUGUACCUGAAGUUCCAGAGGACAUAGUACUAGAAGUUCCUGAGGAAAUACUUCCUGAAGUUCCUGAGGAAAUACUUCCUGAAGUUCCUGAGGAAACUGUACCUGAAGUUCCAGAGGACAUAGUACUAGAAGUUCCUGAGGAAAUACUACCUGAAGUUCCUGAGGAAACUAUACCUGAAGUUCCAGAGGACAUAGAACUAGAAGUUCCUGAGGACAUAGAACAAGAAGUUCCUGAGGAAACUGUACCUGAAGUUCCAGAGGACAUAGAACUAGAAGUUCCUGAGGACAUAGAACAAGAAGUUCCUGAGGAAAUACUACCUGAAGUUCCUGAGGAAACUGUACCUGAAGUUCCAGAGGACAUAGAACUAGAAGUUCCUGAGGACAUAGAACAAGAAGUUCCUGAGGAAAUACUUCCUGAAGUUCCUGAAGAAACUGUACCUGAAGUUCCAGAGGACAUAGUACUAGAAGUUCCUGAGGAAAUACUACCUGAAGUUCCUGAGGAAACAGCUUCAGAGCCACAACUUCCUGAAGAGGUUGUAGAAGAGGUUGAAUCAGAGGACGGCACGGUUGAUGUUUUACCGCCAGUUGAAGACCUUCCUGUGGUUUCAGAGUCAGAAUCAAAGGACUUGGUAGAAGAAGUCCCAGAAGCAGAAGAGGAGGCUGUUGACGUCCAGGAACCGAAUCCAGAGGAGGAAACAGUUGAGAUGUUAGAACCACAACUUAAGGAAGCUGUAACUGAGCCACCAGCAGAAUCCAUUAAAAUCCUUUACCCACUGGACUCUAUGGAGGACCUUCACUUUGGAGAGGAGAGUUUCGAGGUUGUGGAAGAUAACGAGUUCCUUCAGCCUGUGGGACCUGACUACCACCGCCCGCUAGAGGAAGACAAUUUACCCGUCGUCAUCAAUCCUUCGGUGGAAGAGGUCGGAGAACCUGAUCACGAGAAUCCCAUCGUGGAUCCUUUCUAUGUGGAGGAGGAAGUGGACCUCUUAGACCAGAGGGUGGACCAGAGGGUGGAGACCGAUGAAGAAGAGUCUGAAGCGACCUCAGUUAACGCAGAGGUGGCAGCUCCAGCGACGGAGGAGACACAGGAGACUGAUUCCUCCAGUGUGACGGCAGCCCCGGCUUCAGACGCCGUCCCGACCCCCCCGGUGUCUCCCGUGGACGAGUCUGAGGUGUCGUCCCCCGGCCCGACCGUGGACUCUGGACUCUUUGAGGAACCAGUGGUCCCCUCCUCUCCCGUGUCCUCAGAGGAGGACAUCACAGCGCCGGAGCAGAAACAACCGGCCGUGGUCAUCAUCGGUGAAGACCUGGAGGACACGGUGCAGACAGGAAGUGAGCGCCCCACCAGCUCACCACCGGCUGCUGAAGACGCCGUGGACGAGGCCGUGCAGGACCUGGCCGUGGAGCUGGACCAAACAGAUGUGGCAACCACGGAGGCCAGCGAGCUGCCGGACGAGGGGAGUGGCUUCACAUGGGCGGGCGAGGAGGCCGCCACCGUGGGGGCCACGGCACAGACUCCAGUGAGAUACCUGACCACGCCCUCCAUGACCACGGCCAGCAACGGGCGGGAGCUGGUGGUGUUCUUCAGCCUACGGGUCACCAACAUGGACUUCUCCGAGGACCUCUUCAACAAGACGUCUUCUGAGUACAGGUCCCUGGAGAACACCUUCUUACACGUGCUGAUGCCGUUCCUGCAGGCCAACCUGACGGGCUUCAGGAACCUGGAGGUCCUGAACUUCAGGAAAGGCAGCGUGGUCGUCAACAGCAAGAUGAAGUUCGCCAAGUCGGUGCCGUACAACAUCACCGAGGCCGUCCACUGCGUCCUGGAGGAGUUCUGCUCGGCCGCCGCCAGGAACCUGCACAUCCAGAUCGACACCCACUCCCUGGACAUCGAACCAGCGGACCAGGCGGAUCCCUGUAAGUUUCUGGCCUGUGACGAGUUCUCUCGCUGUGAAGUGAGCGGCCGGACGAAGGAGGCCCGGUGUGUGUGCGAGCCCGGCUUCCUGUCGGUGGACGAGCUGCCGUGUCAGAGCGUCUGCGUCCUGCAGCCCGACUACUGCAGAGGAGGGGGGGCGUGUCACAUCCGGCGUGGACACGGCGCCGUGUGCAGAUACGACGACCGGUACUCCCUCGCCGGCCGGGCCAGUUAAGAACCCACCGGCCCGGGACGGCACCUGAGAGUCCGACUGAAGACGAAUCCGGUGGAAACUCGUCAAAGCCUCGAAGACGACGAAGAGUUUUCAGAAUAAAAGUCAUCAGAGCUUCGAUCAGAGACGAUUUUCCUUCAGGGAAACAGACACUGAAAAACAAACUGUGUUCCAGCUGUCGACUGAAGAGGAGCUCGGACGUCUGCUGCCGCGAUGGAAACUCACGUCUUUGUUUACUGCUGACAAACUUCAUCUUCUUCAAGAUUCUCAGGAUCUGUUGUUGUUGUUUAGAUCUGUCGAGACUUUUCUUUUCCAAUAAUUAAGAUAAUCGAGGAUGAGUCAGCUGAUGAUCUUCAUCACGUAGAUCAGUGGUUCACGAUCCUUUGGCUCGUUACCACUGAAAGGUGCUUUACGCAAGUUUUCUCUUCUGCGUAGCUAGAGGAGGUUUCCGUUUUCUUCUCUGUUUGUUUGAUACCAAGAUUACACAAAAACUACCAAACUCAUUUUGAGCCGAGGAAGGAGUGAUUUCAUUUGGGGGAGGAUUCGAUUGAGGGGGCGGGUCCAGGAACCAGCAGUUCGGGGUUUGGCUCUGUUCUGGUUUGUUAGCAAUGUAGCAUUAGGGAAAACUUGCAUACAGUACCUCUAAAAUUAGCGAUAUCGACAUGUGACUCUUCAUCAAAGGAAUAUUUCUAUUUUCCCUUCAGUUGAUUGAUUUGAAUGUUUUUUCGAGGUUAAAGUUUUAUCAAUGAAAAAAAAGCUAAAAUUGAUUAUUAUAUCCAAAAGGUUGUGAACCAGUGGAAUGUUGCUUCUUUAACUUCAGGUAUUUGGUCAUUAAAUAAAAUACUUUAUACGUUUUGACCUGAUGGUGGCGCUAGAGGCAAGGUCAAAGGAGGAUUCAUCCACAAAUGUUUGAACUACUUUGUAAAUAGUUUGAAAUCUUUCAGCCGCAUCACAUGGUUUUCAUCAGCGGCUUCGAGUGACGACAGAAAUCAUCAACUCUUCAGCCGCUGAUGAAAACUGUCACGUGAUCCAAAAUCUGUCACUUUUCUUAUUGUGUCUCAUUUGUGAAGCUGCUGAAAAAGAAACGACUUUGCGAGUUGCUAGAUCUCCGACGUCCUGUUUCCUGAACAGAUCGUGUAAAUAUCACGUGUGUCUGGACUCGUCUCGUUGCUGUACAUGUUCACUUCUGUGUUGUUUUACAAAUAAUAGUUUAAAAAUACAAAGCUGCUAAAUAAGA